CGGGAUCGUCACUGUCUAUCCAAUUCCAAAGGGAGACGGAUAGAGAGGGAGACGCACAGAAGUUCAGUAUGGCGCACUUCCUUCUCCUGACCUUCAACCUGCCUGGCCACAUCAACCCCGCCCUCCAAUUCGCCCAGCGCCUCAUCCGUGUAGGUGCCCGGGUCACCUUCCUCACGACCGUCCACGCCCACCGGCGCAUGAUAAAAUCCACCGCGCCCGACGGGCUAUCCUACGCCACCUUCUCGGACGGCUACGAUGACGGCCCAAGUCCUACCGCCGACAAGGACCUAGUCUGGGCCCAGUUCAGGCAGCGCGGUGCCGAGGCCCUUGCCGACCUCUUGCGCACCCUAGCAAACGAGAGCCGCCCCGUCACGUGCGUGGUCUACACCCUUCUCCUUCCCUGGGCAGCUGACGUGGCGCGGAGCCUGAACACCCCGCACGUGCUCCUCUGGAUCCAGCCAGCAACGGUAUUCGCCGUUUACUACCACUACUUCCAUGGGUACGACGAUUACAUCGUCAAGAGCAUUGAAAAAGACCCUUCUUCUUCCUUAAAAUUACCAGGGUUGCCACCACUCACCUCCAACGAACUACCCUCAUUCAUUAUCCCUUCCGCCCAAUACGCUUCCGCAAUAUCAUCAUUCAGAGAACAGUACGAGACGCUGGAUAAAGAAGAAAGGCCACGUGUGCUCGUAAACACGUUCGAUGAAGCAGAGCCUGACGCUAUCAGAGCCGUGGAUGGGGUGGACCAGAUCUCGGUGGGACCUUUCAUCCCACAGGAGUUCUUUGAUGGCCAGGACCUGUCCCACGCCACUGAUGGUGGGGAGAUGUACAAGAAUUCAAGAGACUACAUUGAGUGGCUGGACUCGAAACCCACUUCUUCGGUAGUUUACGUGUCCUUCGGCAGCAUCAUUGUGUUACCGAACAAUCAGAAGGUGGAGAUUUUAAAUGGGUUGCUAGAAAGCGGCCGUCCGUUCUUGUGGAUCAUCAGGCCCGCCGAGAAUGGGGCCGGAACGGAUGACGAGACCGAAUUCUGGGAGAAAGCGAGCAUGGCGGAGGUGAGGAAAGAAGGGAUGGUGGUGCCGUGGUGUUCGCAACUGGAGGUUCUUUCGCACUCUUCGGUGGGUUGCUUUAUCUCGCACUGCGGAUGGAAUUCGACAACAGAGAGCUUGGCCGCAGGGGUCCCCAUGGUGUGUUUACCGAAAUGGUCGGAUCAAACAUCGAAUGCGAAGUUGGUGGAGGAUGUUUGGAAGGCUGGUGUGAGGGCGAAGGCGAAUGAAGAGGGAGUUUUCGAACGCGGGGAGCUGAAGCGAUGUUUGGAUUUGGUGAUGGGAGAGGAUGGGGAAGAGAUUAGAAAGAAUGCUUUGAGAUGGAGAGAGUUGGCGAGGGAGGCCAUCAGUGAAGGCGGUUCGUCCGAUCGGAAUGUUCGCACAUUUGUGGCGGGGAUGACAGGUGAAGGUGGACCCAGAGACUGCGAUGGCAAUGUGCAGAAGGUGAAUGACGAUAGAGAAGAUAGAUGAGGAGAAUUUAACAAAUACAGCCCCUUCUUUGAUUCGCAUCGGGUGAGGACAUGAACAUCACCUGAAGUCUUGGUUUGACUUAAAAGUGUGGCCCACCUAUUGCCUAGAUGGACCUCUCUUUCUUGGAAGAAGUGUCACACUGUAUAUUUUAUUGUAUGCAUAACUGUACUUUUAUUUUUCAAUAUAUUUAAUAGAAGUUUGGGUAGUCA